CGGAUUGCAGUUCAAACGAGCCACGAACGAGAACGGGUCGGGCAAAAAUUUGUUCUUACGCCAUACAAAAAAAAGAACUUUUAUGUGUAAAUUAGAAGCAGUAGAUGCAGAAGGAGAAGAAUAGAUGGAAACCAAUAGUUGAGCUGCAUCUAAUAGUUUGAUGUGGGAAAAGGAAAUAAAUUUCCUAGAAAUACUUAGAAACCCGUGGUUCCAUUUUUCCGCAGUGAAAAAAGUGUGUGUGCGCGAGAAGAAAAUUGUGCGAUUGAAGAACUGUGCAAAUGUAGAAUCCAUCGAGAAAAUUGACUCGAAUAUCCUUCUAAAAUAGUGUUCUAACCGUGUGUACGCGUGAGCAAAUAUAAAUCUGCCUUUCGAUUUUUCUUCAUUUUUGGAAUAAAUCUACAAGAACUCUUUUCGAAUGGCUUUUUUCGUGCCUCAUCAGUUUGUACCAGCCAAUGGAUAUAAUUUCCGCUACUACUCCUGCUUCUUUCUGCUGUCAUAAUUUGGUGGAGGAAAUACUUCAACAGCGAUAAGAAGAAAUUGUGGAUUUCCUAGCUACUACUGCUGCUGCUGCUGCUACCGCCGCCUGCUUUUUACUAAUCACCGUUUGCCGAUUAUUUAGUUGUAGCAGUUCUAAGGUUCAAUAUGUUGAAUAUUUUGCAAUGUGCAUUGUAAAUCGCUGAAGAAAUCCUUGGAAAAGUGUGCAGAGAAGCCAGUUUAUUGCAAAAUCGAUUUCGAAAACACUCAUCAGUGUUCACAAGAAAAAGUGUAUUGCUUUCAUCAAAGUGGUGGCAAAUACGGAAAAGAGUUGAAGCAGUUGUAACAAAUGUUCCGUUUCUGUUCUAGUAAUUUUCGAAAUCGAUCAAGUGCAGAAGUGAAUCAUCUCGAAUACUGUGUGUUCCACGCCUAAAAACCUUCACAGAUCAAUAGCAUAGACUUCGGGUCCAGUUUUUUUCACCACCAUCUGAGGGCGGAGCAAAACCAACUUCAACGAUUUUUCGUACAACGGAAGCUUAGAUGCGUCAUUUUCAACAUGACGCCUUGUGUAUUACUGUGAUCUGUGGAACGAAAUUCAUGAGCCUCAUGCCAUCGUUGACGUUGUCCACGUGAUGAGUGGCUUCCGUCGGGGGCCGAGUCUUGUCGAUGAUGUUGUUUUGUAGUUUUGUAAUUUUGUCACAUUUAUUGUUUCCAAUUGUUGUGUUCUGGGAACUCUGAGAACAUGUGAUUUUGUGAUAGCUCGGUGUGAGGAUUUUUGCACUAGACUUUUUCGUGCCACACAGAGUAAGGUGAUGUUAGAGCAAGUGCAAGGAAAACAAGGAUUGGUUCACUUGAAAACUGCAGUCAAAGUGAGAGUGAAGUAAACAGAAAUAUAGCGCUCGGUGUUUUUGUAGUCACGUGCUGGUGUGUGCAGACGCCUCACCACUAUUCGAUGUCCGAUUACUCGCGCUAGAGGAAAAGGAAAAACGCGGGCGGUCAUGAAAAAUUUUGCAUUGGAACGGAUUGUGUUGAGCUUUAGCUGCGACAGUGUUGCCGCCGCGACCGAAUUUGCUGCGUCUGUGAACUUUGUUUGUGUCACAGGACGGCCCACCGUCCAAACUAGUUCCUGGGGCCCGAGUGAAUCCCAGGCCGCACCCAGUGCGUGCCCGCAUCGUGCCCCCUUAACACAUCAUUGUUAGCAGGCCUUGGAAAUCUGAGGCUCUCAUUGUUGGCCAUAUAGACAAUGAACGAAGAUCUCGAUUCGAUAUCUGAGGAAGAACGUAGCUUGUUCCGUCCUUUCACCCGUGAAUCAUUACAAGUCAUUGAAGCACGUAUCGCAGAUGAAGAAGCCAAACAACGCGAACUGGAAAAGAAGCGAGCCGAGGGGGAGACUGGUUUUGGUCGGAAGAAAAAGAAAAAAGAAAUUCGCUACGAUGAUGAAGACGAGGAUGAAGGUCCCCAGCCGGAUUCCACACUCGAGCAGGGAGUGCCACUUCCUGUUCGACUGCAGGGCGGCUUCCCUCCGGAAUUGGCCUCCACGCCUCUCGAGGAUAUUGACACUUUUUACUCGAACCAGAGGACAUUCGUAGUAGUUAGCAAAGGAAAGGACAUUUAUCGUUUUUCUGCCACAAAUGCAUUAUAUGUACUCGAUCCGUUCAAUCCUUUACGUCGUGUAGCAAUUUAUAUUUUAGUGCAUCCACUGUUUUCACUUUUUAUAAUCACAACCAUCCUUACCAAUUGUAUAUUGAUGAUCAUGCCUGCUUCGCCGACAGUCGAAUCUACCGAGGUGAUAUUCACCGGCAUCUACACGUUCGAAUCAGCUGUAAAAGUGAUGGCGCGAGGUUUCAUAUUACAACCGUUUACUUAUCUUAGAGAUGCAUGGAAUUGGUUGGACUUCGUAGUAAUAGCAUUAGCAUAUGUAACUAUGGGUAUAGAUUUGGGUAAUCUCGCUGCAUUGAGAACAUUCAGGGUACUACGAGCUCUCAAAACAGUGGCCAUCGUUCCAGGUCUGAAGACCAUCGUCGGCGCUGUCAUAGAGUCCGUAAAGAAUCUCAGAGAUGUGAUAAUUUUAACAAUGUUUUCGUUAUCGGUGUUUGCUUUAAUGGGACUGCAGAUCUACAUGGGUGUGUUGACGCAGAAGUGCAUCAAGGAGUUCCCGCUCGACGGCUCGUGGGGCAAUCUGACGCACGAGAACUGGGAUCGGCACAAUUCAAACGACUCCAACUGGUAUUGGUCGGAGGCUGGCGACACGCCUCUUUGUGGGAAUUCGUCAGGUGCUGGCCAAUGUGAGGACGGAUAUAUAUGUUUACAAGGUUUUGGAGAUAAUCCAAACUACGGGUAUACAAGUUUUGAUACUUUCGGAUGGGCAUUCUUAUCUGCCUUUCGUCUAAUGACCCAAGAUUAUUGGGAGAAUUUAUAUCAACUGGUGUUACGAUCAGCUGGACCGUGGCACAUGCUCUUCUUCAUUGUGAUUAUCUUCUUGGGUUCGUUUUACCUUGUAAAUUUGAUCUUGGCCAUUGUCGCCAUGUCGUACGACGAACUCCAGAAGAAGGCCGAAGAGGAAGAGGCCGCCGAGGAAGAAGCGCUUCGGGAAGCGGAAGAAGCGGCCGCUGCGAAACAGGCCAAACUCGAAGCCCAUGCGGCGGCAGCAGCUGCUGCGGCCAACCCGGAGAUCGCCAAGAGCCCGUCGGACUUUUCCUGCCACAGUUAUGAGCUGUUCGUCGGCCAGGAGAAGAGUAACGACGACAACAACAAGGAAAAGAUGUCAAUCCGGAGCGAAGGAUUGGAGUCGGUGAGCGAAAUCACAAGAACAACCGCACCAACAGCUACUGCAGCUGGCACUGCAAAAGCCCGUAAAGUGAGCGCGGCUUCACUUUCAUUACCUGGUUCACCAUUUAAUCUUCGUAGAGGAUCUAGAGGAUCACAUCAGUUUACGAUACGUAACGGUAGAGGACGUUUCGUGGGCGUACCUGGUAGCGAUAGAAAACCAUUGGUACUCUCAACAUAUCUCGAUGCACAAGAACAUUUGCCGUACGCCGAUGACUCGAACGCUGUCACACCGAUGUCGGAGGAAAAUGGUGCAAUCAUCGUUCCAGUAUACUAUGCUAAUUUAGGUUCGCGACAUUCAUCCUACACAUCGCAUCAAUCUCGCAUCUCGUACACUUCGCACGGCGAUCUGCUCGGGGGUAUGACGAAGGAGAGCCGACUGCGGAACCGUUCAGCUCGAAACACCAAUCACUCGAUCGUGCCGCCGCCGAACAUGGCAUCAAACAUGUCCUACGCGGAUACCAACCAUAAGGGACAGAGAGAUUUUGAUAUGUCACAAGACUGUACAGACGAUGCUGGCAAAAUAAAACACAACGACAAUCCUUUCAUUGAGCCCUCUCAAACACAAACCGUAGUAGAUAUGAAAGACGUGAUGGUGUUAAACGAUAUCAUCGAGCAAGCUGCUGGUCGGCAUAGUAGAACUAGUGAUCAUGGAGUCUCUGUUUACUACUUCCCCACAGAGGACGACGACGAUGACGGUCCGACGUUCAAGGAGAAGGCACUCGAAUUCAUUAUGAGGAUGAUCGACGUUUUCUGCGUGUGGGACUGUUGCUGGGUGUGGCUUAAAUUUCAGGAGGGCGUGGCAUUCAUCGUUUUCGACCCCUUUGUCGAGUUAUUCAUCACGCUCUGCAUCGUAGUCAACACGCUGUUCAUGGCGCUAGAUCACCACGAUAUGGAUCCAAAGAUGGAACAGUCUCUUAAAAGUGGAAACUAUUUUUUCACGGCGACCUUCGCGAUAGAAGCGACAAUGAAGCUGAUAGCGAUGAGUCCCAAGUACUACUUUCAGGAGGGAUGGAACAUUUUCGAUUUCAUCAUCGUGGCACUGUCACUGCUCGAACUGGGUCUGGAAGGUGUUCAGGGAUUGUCAGUAUUACGUUCAUUCCGUUUGCUCCGAGUGUUCAAACUAGCGAAAUCGUGGCCAACGUUGAACUUACUCAUUUCCAUCAUGGGUCGAACGAUGGGUGCGUUAGGUAAUCUGACGUUUGUGCUCUGCAUUAUCAUCUUCAUCUUUGCCGUGAUGGGAAUGCAGCUGUUCGGCAAGAACUACAUUGAUAAUGUGGAACGAUUUCCGGACAAGGACCUGCCACGGUGGAACUUCACCGAUUUCAUGCAUUCGUUUAUGAUCGUCUUUCGGGUACUGUGCGGAGAAUGGAUCGAAUCCAUGUGGGACUGCAUGCUGGUGGGAGAUGUGUCCUGCAUUCCGUUCUUCUUGGCCACAGUAGUGAUAGGAAAUUUAGUAGUACUUAAUCUCUUCUUAGCCUUGCUUUUGUCCAAUUUUGGUUCCUCGAGUUUGUCGGCACCGACGGCCGACCAAGAAACGAACAAGAUCGCUGAGGCGUUCAACCGGAUAUCACGGUUCUCCAACUGGAUCAAGCUGAACAUCGCCAACGCGCUCAAGUUCGUGAAAAACAAGUUAACAAGCCAAAUUGCGUCCGUGCAGCCCGCAGGUGAGCAGCACAAUCAUCUCAGUUGGAUAUGGAACGAAGGCAAAGGGGUAUGUCCAUGUAUAUCUGCAGAGCAUGGUGAAAAUGAGCUGGAAUUAACUCCAGAUGACAUACUGGCCGACGGGCUGCUGAAAAAAGGCGUUAAGGAGCACAACCAGCUGGAAGUGGCGAUCGGUGACGGGAUGGAAUUCACGAUACAUGGAGACCUCACGAACAAAGGCAAGAAGAACAAACAGCUGAUGAACAAUUCGAAGGUGAUUGGCAAUUCUAUUAGCAAUCAUCAAGAUAACAAAUUAGAACACGAACUGAAUCACAGAGGCAUGUCCUUGCAGGACGAUGACACUGCCAGUAUAAAGUCCUAUGGCAGUCACAAAAACCGUCCCUUCAAGGACGAAAGUCACAAAGGUAGCGCCGAAACCAUGGAGGGAGAAGAAAAACGUGAUGCCAGCAAAGAAGAUCUAGGAAUUGAUGAAGAACUGGAUGACGAGUGUGAGGGAGAGGAAGGACCUCUGGACGGGGAGCUAAUCAUCCAUGCCGAUGAGGAUGAAGUUAUCGAGGACUCACCGGCCGAUUGUUGUCCGGACAAUUUCUACAAAAAGUUUCCCGCCAUGGCCGGUGACGACGAUGCACCGUUCUGGCAGGGUUGGGCUAAUCUGCGCUUGAAGACGUUUCAGCUCAUCGAGAACAAAUAUUUUGAGACGGCCGUCAUCACGAUGAUUUUGCUGAGUAGUUUGGCUUUGGCCCUCGAAGACGUACAUCUGCCACAUCGUCCGAUCCUGCAAGACGUACUGUACUAUAUGGACAGGAUAUUCACGGUGAUAUUUUUUCUAGAGAUGUUAAUCAAGUGGUUAGCUCUCGGCUUCCGAGUGUACUUUACGAACGCUUGGUGUUGGCUCGAUUUCAUCAUUGUCAUGGUGUCCUUAAUCAACUUCGUUGCUUCACUCGUUGGAGCUGGUGGUAUUCAAGCAUUCAAAACAAUGCGAACUCUUAGAGCGCUGAGACCGCUACGUGCCAUGUCCCGUAUGCAGGGUAUGAGGGUCGUCGUAAAUGCAUUGGUACAGGCUAUACCGUCCAUCUUCAAUGUGUUGUUGGUUUGUUUGAUAUUUUGGUUAAUUUUCGCCAUUAUGGGUGUGCAAUUAUUCGCCGGCAAAUAUUUCAAGUGCGUCGAUUCGAACAAGACAACACUAUCGCAUGAAAUUAUCCCGGAUGACGUGGCGUGCAAGUCGGAAAACUACACGUGGGAGAAUUCACCGAUGAACUUCGACCAUGUGGGGAAAGCCUAUCUGUGUUUGUUUCAGGUGGCAACGUUCAAAGGCUGGAUUCAGAUCAUGAAUGACGCGAUCGACUCGCGGGAGGUCGGCAAGCAGCCAAUUCGCGAGACCAAUAUCUACAUGUACCUAUACUUCGUGUUCUUCAUUAUCUUCGGAUCAUUUUUCACCCUCAAUCUGUUCAUCGGUGUUAUCAUCGACAAUUUUAACGAGCAGAAGAAGAAAGCGGGAGGUUCGCUGGAGAUGUUCAUGACGGAAGAUCAGAAAAAGUACUACAACGCAAUGAAAAAGAUGGGCUCGAAAAAGCCACUGAAAGCUAUUCCACGGCCUAGGUGGAGACCACAAGCAAUAGUAUUCGAAAUAGUUACCAAUAAAAAGUUCGACAUGAUUAUCAUGUUGUUCAUCGGAUUCAACAUGUUAACAAUGACGCUGGAUCACUACAAGCAAACGGAUACGUUCAGUGCGGUGCUGGACUACCUCAACAUGAUCUUCAUCUGCAUCUUCAGUAGUGAAUGUUUGAUGAAGAUUUUCGCCCUGCGCUACCAUUACUUUAUCGAACCGUGGAAUUUGUUCGAUUUUGUCGUCGUCAUCUUGUCCAUCUUAGGUCUCGUACUCAGUGAUUUGAUUGAAAAGUACUUCGUGUCGCCCACGCUACUCCGAGUCGUACGUGUAGCAAAAGUCGGCCGUGUACUGCGUCUCGUCAAAGGUGCCAAAGGUAUUCGUACGUUACUGUUUGCUCUGGCUAUGUCUCUGCCGGCACUGUUCAACAUCUGUCUACUGCUGUUUCUGGUGAUGUUCAUCUUUGCCAUUUUCGGUAUGUCAUUCUUCAUGCACGUCAAAGACAAGAGUGGCUUGGAUGAUGUGUACAACUUCAAGACCUUUGGCCAGAGCAUGAUCCUGCUCUUUCAGAUGUCCACAUCGGCCGGAUGGGAUGGUGUGUUGGAUGGAAUAAUCAACGAAGAGGACUGCCUGCCACCAGACAACGACAAGGGUUACCCUGGGAACUGUGGCUCGUCAACGAUCGGCAUCACGUAUUUGUUAGCGUACCUUGUAAUUAGUUUUUUGAUCGUUAUCAACAUGUACAUCGCUGUUAUUCUCGAAAACUAUUCGCAAGCCACCGAAGAUGUGCAGGAGGGUCUUACGGACGACGAUUACGAUAUGUACUACGAAAUAUGGCAGCAGUUCGAUCCGGACGGUACUCAAUACGUACGGUAUGACCAACUGUCGGACUUUUUGGAUGUACUCGAACCACCGUUGCAAAUCCACAAACCGAACAGGUACAAAAUCAUCUCCAUGGACAUCCCAAUCUGUCGGGGGGAUAUGAUGUUCUGUGUGGAUAUUCUGGAUGCCCUCACGAAAGAUUUCUUCGCCCGAAAAGGCAACCCAAUCGAAGAAACUGCCGAAUUGGGUGAAGUGCAACAGCGCCCGGAUGAGGUUGGCUACGAGCCAGUGUCUUCGACGUUGUGGCGUCAGCGGGAGGAGUAUUGUGCCAGACUGAUACAGCACGCGUGGAAGAAGCACAAAGAUCGCCAAGAAGGUGGAGGUGGUGGUGGUGCCACUGGGGACGAUACCGAUGCCGACGUUUGUGAUAAUGACGGCGGUGACGGUGAUGGUGGAGGUGGCACUGGAACAAUUAGCGGUGGAGUUAGUAGCGGUAGUAUAGGAGGUGGUGGAGGUAACGGUGUAAGUAGUCCCGGUGGUGGUGGUGGCGGCGGAACAACACCCGGCUCUGGCGGUGGAGGCGGUAGUGGUUCUCAGGCUAACUUAGGUAUAGUGGAGCAUAGUCUAUCACCAAAAGAGUCGCCCGACGGCAAUAAUGAUCCUCAAGGUCGUCAAACGGCCGUUCUAGUAGAAAGUGAUGGAUUUGUAACUAAAAACGGUCACCGAGUCGUGAUACAUUCACGAUCGCCAAGUAUAACUUCACGAUCGGCGGAUGUCUGAGCCAGGCCUCGCCCCCCUCUCUCUGAUUCAGAUUCAGAAGCACGACAGAAAUAAUAUUUAAGAGAUUUAGAGAACUAAAAACAAAACCGACAAAAAAAGAGAAAAUAUUCAAUAAUGAAAGGGAAAGCCGACUGCCAUAUAAUAAAUUUUAUUAUUUAAAGAAAAACUUUAAUCGCAUAAGACAAACCAGUGAACAUAACAACACACGUGUUAAAAAAAAUAUCAAACCCAGAAGCUGAGGAUUAGAAAACAACAACCAAAAUUUCAAAUGGACAAAGAUCCUGCCAACGCCAAGGGAAGAAGAAGGAGAAAGUGUCACAUGCUCAAUAAGGAUAAUGAGAUCGAAUCCACCAGAACUGAACAACCGGAUUAUGCGAAUACAAACAAGGAAAGCGAUUAGUUCUCUGUUGCAGUUGCUGGAAUCGUUUGCCUUUCAGUUACCCGUUUUUGCCAUCUUGAUUCUUCGAACUGUUUUCAAUGGUUGCACAUACUAAUGCGAUAAUAAAACUAUUUACUUGUCGUACUGUACGAACAACAAUUAGAUCAGCGAAUGAGACAAUAUCAAAUAAAGACAUAAACCAGUGGUAGUGAAAGUGAACGAACAAUUAAAAGAAAACUGUCGUUGGAAGACUGGUGUGAGACAAUUCGCAAAACUAACGUGAAAUCAAAUCCGUAAAAUAUGUGAAACAACAAACAACUACGACAAAAUGAACCAUGUGUGAUAUGAAAAUAAGUGAAACCAAGAGGAAACAAUCCACAAUCCAUUCCAAUUUUGUAAGAACAAUAAAACAAAGGACAAAACGCAGUGCGACAGUGUAUACAAAUCUACCGAACCGAGAAGUGAGCAGUACACAGUGAUGAUGCAACUGGCACAACACAUCGAUGUAAGCCAGACAAGCCUAGCACGGGUUAUUGAUUUUCUAGAGAACAAAGUAGUUAGCUUUGAUUAAUUUCACCGAUUGAAUAACAAAUUUAUCUCUUUUUUAAACAAAUUUGAUAAUUCUGCGGUUUGGAUAUUUCCAAUAUUAUUGAUUAAACAACAAAUAACAGGGCAAUAUUGAAGGCUAACGAGAAAAGCAAACAGAAUAAGAGAAACAAUUGCAUAGAAUUCAAAGUAAUUCAAAAAAAAAAUUAAGAACCCGAAGAUGUGAGGUAUGACAAGCACAAUCAAAUCAAUGUUUUCUGAAAGAAAAACCAAGAAAAUGUUGAGCGGUCGAAGCAAACGAGCAAACAAAUCUGGUUGAGCGAUUGUUACUGGAAGUAACAGCUGUACCACAUGUGAAUAAAGUGAGAUUAAAUAAAGAAGUAAAUAUAUUAUAUUGGCUACAGCAAGAGCAUGCAAGUCAUAUGCGUUUUUAUUUAUUAUUUUUCUACAAAGCAUACAAAAAUGUAAAAAAAUAAAAAAUCAAACCUUUAAAAACGGCAUUGCUGCGAUAAUGUUAAGGCUUUUUAUAUUAUCAAUAAGAGAAAAAAAGAUCGCACAGGUUUUGUUCUACUAUUGUAAAAAAAACAACAAACAAAAAGUUUAUGAAAACAUGCGAAAAACAACCAGCUAAAAGUAAUAAAAUCAUUAAUAUGUUUCUGCGUGCAAUAAAAGAAAGUACUGUAAUUAUUAUAUAAUACAUACUUAUUUGUAAAUCAAACGCGAGGGGUUGGGGCGAGCCUUUAAUUAAUAAUAAAAAAACACUAGUCAAGCUUUUCAAAUAUUAUCAUUAAUGAAUAACAAAAUAAAUUUAAUGCAAAAUAACAUCUAAUUGUAAGUAUGUUAAGUAACAAAUUUUUUGAACAUUAUCGCACGAAAUGAUGUUCGUUAAAUCAAAAGAAAAAAAAACAAAAAUGAGAUAAAUAAAAAACGCGAUCUAUUUUUUGAGCAAAUACACUUCUACACACAUACACUAAGCAGAGACACCGAACCAAUCACGCGCAUUCCAAAUUCAUGAAAUCGCAAAAAAAAGUAAAGAAGCAGAACACACCUAUCUUUACUACAACUACGUGUAUUUUCUUCAAAAUUUAAUAUGCGCUGACACAAAUUCCUUACCGCUUGCCGUGCGUGUUACACGUUAUGCAACCGUACGGAAAAGCACGAAACGAUUUGCGAGAGUAAUCUAUCUCGCUCCGUCUAGUUGUCGUCGUCUUACACUCAGGCAUUCGCUAUCAUCCCGAACCAAGCGAACUGAUCCGCUAUAUCAUUCUUGUCAAUAUUCAAAUCCAAUUGAGCAAAGCUCACGUUUUGAUUGUUGUUUGGAACGCAACAGCAAUAACAACAAAACGUGAUUACCAAUCGAACUCGCGUGAACGUGCGUUCGGGCGGAUUUGCCACACAUACACAACAAACAUUAGCUUCUCCGACAAAAAUGGUUUAAAAAAUUACGAAAAAUGCGAAAUAACAAGAAGCAAACAAAAAGAAACAUUUUUACAUUUUUAGCUAUAUACAUACUGUAAAAAAAUAAAGCUAGACAAAGAGACUACUUGCGAUACUUGCAACAACUGGCAAGGGGGCGGGCCGAAGAAGGGAACGAAAAACGCACGAAAAAAACGGUGGAUGAAAUAAAACAUACCGAGAAGUAAUGAACAUAUUUUUUUAUGGAAAAACAUCUACGAGGCCGAUCAAAAGGCAAAAUGAAAUGAAAACUAUUUUUAAUUGGUAUAUUUUCUAUCGAUUAUUAAACUACCAUAUUUAGUAACAAGUGUUAUGUGACAGAAAACAGCAAUGGCAAGUUUAGGAAGAUAGUUGCUUGCGUAAUAAUGACAGUGUAAGAUAUUUGCACUAUUUAGUUAUUUUCAAAAGUGGAAAACAUUUGUGAAUAUAUUUCAAAUUGAAGUAGUAAACGGCAUCUUAGGUUAUUUUCUCAUCUUGAAAUAGAAAAGUAAGUUGACUUCUUUCUUGUACAAUGCUUAUGGAACAAGAAGUAACGGUAGAAGAAGAACGUGAAUUCAGAAGAAAACAAAACCAUACCAAAGAUUUAACUAUAAAGAGCGACUAGUUAGAUAACAAACAAAAAAACAAAACGUAGGAAGAAAGAGGGAAAGGGAAAGAGAGAAAAAAUUGUUGAAAGUGUUAAAGCGAGAAGGUAGGACACGUUUUUAUGCAUCGUCGAUAUUAAAUUGUUUCUUGCCACGUUGCAGAAGGAAUUAUGAUCAGAUAAAAAGUGACGUGUGACAACUUAAUGUAGGCAGCCUAGCACAUCGACACAGAGAGAGAGCGAGCAAAAAAGCAUCAUUAGCAAUCACAAAUCAUCGACGAAAACUGGAACCUCGCUUGAAGUUGCGGUACACUCUGUUUUCUAUCUCGCCACACCACGCCAUUACGUUUUUACGAACCGCCACGAAACGGACGCCACUCAUUGAUCCGUCUAUUUUGCAAAUACACAACACACACAGAAAUGCUAGUACUCACAUUGAAAAACAUGCUUAUUAAAAACGAUAAAGAAUUAUAAAGCAAAGCAGAAUAAAACUAUACAUUUAUACUUAAAAAUAAUAAAAAAAUUUAAGUAAUGAGAAAUGCUUGUAAAAUAAAAUAAAAACUAAUAAAAAAAUUGUUGGGAGCGCCAAUCCCCUAUGUCCACAAAGAAACAACAAUUUCAGUGCCUUUUUUCAAGAGUGUGUGAAGGAAACCCCGUUUAAAAGAAUAAGCAAACCAUAGAACGCAGUAAACUUAAUUUGCGAAUGUAUAAAUAAAUGCAACUAAGAGAAAAUAAUGAACAAAAAUUCACGCGCUCAAGAUUAAUCCAACAUGGAAAGUUAAAUAAGUAAUCAGAUUUGACGAGAGUGCGACACUAACCUCUCUUCUCGUCCGCGACCUUAGACAAAAAGAGCUCGAGAAUAUGGUCACUUCUUGCAGAAAUUCGGCGCAAAGAAAAUUAACAGGAAAAACAAGAAAUUUUUCCUAUAAUUUUAGCUUAGCUUGGUAGGAAAACAAACAAAAACUUAACAUCCGAUAAAAUUCCCAAGAGUCCUUAGUAGACAAGUUUAGCUUCAUGCUUGCUUCAUGCCAAACGAAUAAUCAUUAAAUCAGUCAAUGUAAUAAAUUAGAACCAGUACGAAUAGUUUUGUGAACAAUAAUGAAAACCAAAAACAAGAUGGGAUGUAGACCGCAUGCAGUCCUGGCUUCAAGCGAGGUUCGAACAUGAUAGAGACGCGACGGUAAACGUAUCUAGAAGCAAGCUUACAUUAAAACAAUUAUGUGAAAUCUUAUGAAACGAACAAGUGUUACACAGGAAGAAUAACUGGUGUCACGUUAGAAUUAAAUUCACAGUUUAUGAAAGUAUCGAACGCUUCAGCAGUUGCUUACUAGUUCCAAAACAUGGUACUUUUUCAGUCAAAUAAAAAACUUUUGUCCUCCUGCACGUAUGCUUUCAGAUAACCCACAAGAAGUACCCUAAAUCAGAUAACCUCUUCAAGGUUCUCAGCCCUCUUCCAUUACUCAGAGAUCAACGUCAAUAUGGCCGGUGACGAAAGCAAAGCUGGAUUUUUCGUGGUUUGCUGUGAGCAGAAAUUUUUGGGAGAUGACACCGAUUUAUGGUACAGCAACUUAGAUUAUAUUGUAGGUUAAUUUUCGUCCGAAGUUCAAUGUAUUUUCUUUUCACUGCGCUACCAGUAAAAACCUCACUGUAUCGAGUCGCCAAAUCCCGGAUGAAAUUUCUUUCUCGCGAAAUUUUUACUGCACUAGCACGAGACACCGUGCUCACUCGAGAGUUUCAUCGAAAGUGAGGGCCUUCCUUUUGGAGUAGUAACUACUUGUAAUUUCUCACUAAUACACGCACUUUCUUGGAAAACAUCAUUUCUUAGUCACCCAUAGCUUUGAAUUUUAUAUCUAUAGAACUAAUAAAUAAUCAUUUCUGUUGAAAUUUCCUGGAUUACUUUAGUCAGUAGCGUCUAUUCCUCUAGUUGGAGUGUAAUGAAAUGGUGUAAGUCACCUGACUUUUACACUAACACAUUCAUAAAGUGAACGACAAUUCAAUGAAAUUUAUGUCACUAUCAAUCGGUUUUCGCACUCAGAAACAAGCAGUCAAACGAGAACUAAUUAUUCAAUCCGUCUUUUGGACAAUGGAGAGGUGUCAUGCCGGUUUGAAGGGAAUGCGAAACAGCAUGCUUACCCGUUGAGAGUUUCACCGGAACUCCAUUUCAAUGCGUCGAUGAAGCUAGCAUCGUUCCAUUUUUGUUAAUGUCGCAGUUUCUACUUGUCAAAUGUCAAAAUAUUACAGCUUCAAAAGUGACAUCUGCCAAAAAUGCGGGCCAUUCAAAGGAACACCUCUUAUUGCCAUUAAACCAUUUUUAAUGACUAUAGAUUGAACUGUUAUAUCGAUUACAUCGAUCAUUUAAAAUGUAGUUUUUCUUCACCUGACUUUUGAAACGGCAUGGUUGUAGAAACGUUUUUGAAUGUGAUGUUUGCGAUUUAGCAUUGCAAUUAUAAAGACAGCGUUUCUUCAUUCAUUUCCAUUUUAUUACUGUGGUUGAUUUUCAAUCCUACUUACUAUUUGCCUAAUAACGCAUCACUCAAUCAUCCCUGUUCUGUAUUUCGAUCGAAACGGAUUACUUCGAACGAAUGUAACAAUUUGCAUUCUCUAAUUCGAUCGAAUGAUGUUUUUGUUGUAUGGAAAACUCGAACUGAUCGAGCUACAGAAUGUCAAAUUUCGUAUUCGAUCGAAACAAUCCGAUUCGAACGAAAUACAGAAUAGGGGUAAAUAAGUCGUGUGACUAAUUAAGAAACAUGCAUUUUUGCCAACAUCAAUUUUAUUCAUCAAUGUUAUCUCCUUCAAGAUCCACUCCACACUUCUCUAACUCCUCGACGCCAUGCUUGUAGAAGGAUUCGUCUUGCACCUUAAAAUAGACUUUACUUUACUUUACUUCUUACCGGAGAGUAUUUUUUUUAGAUCAGAGAAAGUCUGUAACUAUGUCUCAUACAACCAGCCCUGGACUAUAGGGUGGAAGAUGAAUCAAUUCGAAGUGUAUUUCAUUUAAUUUCACCAUUGUUGCCAUCGACUUGUGAAUCGGUGCAUUGUAUUGGUGAAACAGUGUUUUUUUCUUCGACAUAUGAAGGCACCUUUCCUUCAAACGAACUAACAACGCUAUCGCUAUAGAUUGUUUUUCCUUCCUCAAGAUAGCCGAUGCAGAUUAUACCAUGUGAACCCCAAAACACUGAAGUCAUAACCUUCCCAGCUGACUCUUGUGUCAUUGGACACAUCAGACGUGGUUCACCAGCCAAAGACAUCAUAUUAACAAGAUAUCGAGAUGUCAUGAAAUUUCACACAUAGUCUUUGUUGGUACUUCAUAAAGGUCAUAUGGAUUUGACAAUGAUAGCGCCAUCUGUGUGUCAGUCACAUGACUUGUUAGCGACGGUAUUCGGAGUUCUUGUAGCAAAACCCUAUUUGUAUAGAUGUUAUAGCUCAAAGCUGAAAUUAUAUUUUCUUAACAAUUUUACAGCUACUUAAGAAAUUUCUUACUCACAUUUUAGUCUCCUACUAUAAUAUCUGUCGCGUAACAAAAUGAUCUUCUUGAUCAAAGAAAGCCUAAUCUAUAUUUUUAUAAAUGAAUUUCAGACUUAAAUUAAUAAUAUUUCAAUAAUUCAAUAAAUCUCUUACUUGAUGAAACUCACUUCCAAUUCACAUACGUAUCUAACAUGGCUACUACUGUUCGUUUCGUUUCCCGAUCGACUGACGUUCAUUUGUCAUCACGUUGGCUCAAUAUUUUGGUAUUAGCUCCGAGGGGUAUCGUCGUUACAGAUUGUCCGUAACAUUCUCCCCCACGUGUCGCCGGAUGGCUUGCAACGGUGUCAUCAACUACAUCCAACAGGGCUAGCUUAACGACUGCUCGUUCACGCAAGAUACCAUUUUUAGUUUGCACAUCCACCCUACGAACUCUACCAUCCUUACCAGGGUACGCCUUCAGCACUAGUCCUCGAAGCCAGCGAUUACGAAUGCCUUCAUCUACUAUCAAUACAAGGUCACCCUCUUUGAUUGGUCUCACAUCUUGGAACCACUUCGUUCUUCUGGAAAUUGUGGGUAGAUACUCCUUCACCCAACGGCGCCAGAAUCCAUCUAGCGUAUGCUGAAUGCGGUUCCAGCUACAUCUAAUCGCAGUGUUUUCCUCAACUGGAUCUUUCACCUGCUGCUUCACACCGCGUGAACCCAACAUCAAAAAGUGGUUAGGAGUCAACGCCUCACUAUCUGCACUGUCUAACGGAACGAACGUGAGAGGACGUGAAUUCACCAUAUGCUCAGCCUCAGCCAGUAGUGUGUUCAAUGACUCCUCAUCUAACUUGCGUUCUACCGGAAUCGUACCCAAUGCAGUCUUCACUGAUCUAACCAUCCUUUCCCAGCAGCCACCCAUAUGUGGAGUUGCCGGGGGAUUGAAUCGCCAUUGCGUGUGUUCAUCUGUAAAGGUGCUGCUAAGCUCGUUGUUCAUAAUUUUUAUCGAUUCCUGUGACAGUUCUCUACUAGCACCCUGAAAAUUCGUUCCUUUGUCCGAAUAAAUUUCUUGCGGUGCACCUCUGCGUGCGAUGAACCUGCGAAUUGCCUUCUUGCAAGAAUCGGUUGAAAGAGUUGCAACAAUUUCCAAAUGUACAGCCCGUAUGGUCAAGCAGGUAAAAAGGGCUACCCAGCGCUUCGCAGUACUGCGUCCAAUUCGAAUCAAAUAGGGCCCAAAUAUAUCAACGCCUGUAUACGUAAAUGGGCGCACAAAGGGAGAUAAGCGAGCCUUGGGCAGAGGAGCCAUCAUAGGAGCAACAGGAACAGCUUUGUAUACACGGCACCAUUGACAAUUCUUUGAAGCUAAUCGUACUAAAACUCGUAAUCUCGGAAUGUUGAAUCUUUGUCUUAUUUCAUUGACCACUGUCUCGUUAUUUGCAUGAUGGAACUGACGAUGAUAGAAGUUCACAAGUAACUCCGUCACGCGAUGGUAUCUAGGUAGAAUGACUGGAUAUUUGGAAUCGAACGUGGCAAACUCUGCGGAUUCUGUUCGGCUCCUGGCUCUAAGAACUUUGCUUUCGUCAAGUGUCGGGCAGAGUUUCAAUAUGCUGCUUGAAUUUUCUAUGGGCUUUCGAUCUUCGACUGGUAGCUGGCAGUUCUUUAUGAAUGUAGCAACCUCGUCGGGAUAAACAUCUGAUUGUGCCCUACGCCACAAACCCUGUUCCGCUGUUUGCAAUUCCGCACGUGUUAAGUUUUCUGGCCACGGUCGUUGCUCACGGUGCAACGUGCGAGAUAUAAAACGAUAAACAUAAGCAGUGGCUCGUAGUAACCUUUCCCAUUUGGAAAACCGUUCUAGAUGUAUCACUGGUUUCAUAAUAAAGUGACCAAACACAAACGCUGACCGUGUCUCUUCGGCAGCUUGAUCCACAAUUGCAAUGCAAUCUUGGGGCCAUUUAUCUUCAUGGUGGUACAGAAACUUAUGGCACAUGUAGAACUGAGCGUUCGGUUCGAAUGAUGGUCCUUUCUUAAUCCAUUUCGUAGCUUCGUCUGCAACGUUUAAGCGCGAUGGGCAAUAUCUCCAUUCUACUGCCUUUGACAAUGUUAGAAUUUCGUUUACACGGAAAGCAACAUAGGGUCGAUACCGGCGAAGGUCCUUUGAUCUAAUCCAUUGGAGGGUCGUUUUAGAAUCCGUCCAAAAUACGACUCGCCAAAUUGGGAGAGAGUGGCCUUUAGUGAUAGUUUCACGCAAACGAGAUCCAAUGACAGCUGCCUGAAGCUCGAGACGUGGAAUAGAAAGUGGUUGUAAUGGAGCGACUUUCGUUUUGCAUGCUACCAGUGCACACCGAACGUGUUCCUGUUCAACGAUACGAAAAUAAGACACAGCAGAGUACGCUUUUUCACUAGCGUCAACGAAGAUAUGAAGCUCUAAGUUUUUCAAAUUUUCCGGAUGAUAAUUCUUGAAAUAACAGCGUGGGACCUUGACGCUCUCUAUCUUCUGUAAAACUGCAACCCACCGUUUCCAGCGACAUAAGAGCUCGACGGGUAUCGAGUCGUUCCAGUCAAUACCUGAUCGCCACACAUCCUGAAUUAAUAUCUUUCCGUGGAUGACAAACGCAGCGACUAAUCCGUUUGGAUCGUAUAUACUCAUAACCACGCUCAAUAAUUGUCUCUUAGUCGGGACUAUUUCUCCCGCCAACAGCGGCAUGUGGUCCUCGCGAAGGGUUAAAGAGAAUGAGAACACGUCCUCUUCCGGCAACCACACCAUUCCAAGCAAUCGUUCCAUUCCAUUUUCUUUUUCCACAACGAAAUUUUUCACAGUCGUAGGUUUAACAGCUCCAAUUCUGUUUAACACCGAUCGUUCAUUCGAAAUCCAGUUCCGAAUGUGGAAUCCGGCUUUCGCGUGGACUUCUGCUACUCCUAGGGCCAUUUCAACCGCUUCGUUUACCGUAUCGACGCUAUCAAGGUAGUCAUCGACAUAAUGUUUAUUACGGAUUGCAUUAGCUACCUUGGGAUGAUCUGCUUCGAAUAGGGUUGCGUUGAGAUUUUUAACGUAUUGCGAAUGAACAGGGGAACAUGUCGCGCCAAAGAUAGCAACAUCAGUUACCAUCGUAUCAAGAGGUUUCUCCGGUGAAUCUCUCCAGUAAAACAAUUGUGCACUGCGAUCGGCUUCUCUUAUCAUUACUUGAUGGAACAUGGCUUCGAUGUCCCCACAAAUUGCCACUUGUCUCUCUCUAAACUGGAACAGAACAGACAACAAUGGUGUUAACAAAUCAGGUCCUUUCAGCAGCAUGGUAUUCAAAGAUAUGCCGUCGACCUUAGCCGCAGCGUCCCAUAUAAGCCGUAUUUUAUUUGGUUUUUUUGGAUUUAUGACCACACCGAGUGGUAAGUACCAAGUUCUGCGAGGAUCAAAUCUAUCGAGCUCUUCCGCAGUCGCUUUGUGCGCGUAUCCCUUUGUCUGAAAAUCGACGAUUUGUUUCCGAACUUGCUCAUAUAGCAGCGGGUUUCGCGCUAAGCGUUUUUCUAAACAUCUCAUCCUUCUUUCUGCCAUUGGCCUGCUAUCCGGAAAUUCAACAUAGUCUUGUUUCCAGAGUAGUCCGGUUUCAAACCUUCCAUUCUCUAGUCGUCUGGUGGUUUCGAAAAGAAUAGAGUUUGCUCGUUGUUCGUCAAUGCUUUCCUUACUAGGUGAAGUGACAACGCCAAGACUUUCCACCGCGAAAAAGGUUUUAACAUACUCAUGGAGAUCAUUUUCAGUUGAGCUUUCAGAUAUAUGUAACUGCCUGUGUGGAAGUGAAAGUAGUCUCUCUUUCAUGUUACCGUAAACGGCCCAACCAAGGCGCGUUUUUGUAGCAAUUGGUUCUCCUACCCGUCCUUCUCUCAGCUUCAAUGUUGCUAGUAAAUGAACGUUGCUUAAACCAAUUAGUAUCCCAGGUACUGCCGAUUGGAAGCUCUGGAUUGGAAGCUUUCUCAGAUGAUCGUAUUUGUUUAUCAUUUCCGUGAUAUUCAUCGUUUGCUUUGGCAAUCCAAGUCCAUCCACUGUGAAUACGUUUGAAGCCAUAAAACGUUGCGAACGAUUAAUACCAGAGAUUUCUAGACCUACUUCCAGAGAUUCCGCGAUAUUUUUUGUAACACCCGUCGUCCAGUGAAUACAGAGAGACGUUUUCUUUCCUUCCAACCCCAGGGCCAUUGCUAUCGUACUUUCUAUAAGCGUCACCGACGACCCAUCGUCGAGAAAGGCGAACGUAUCCACUUUUCCAUUUUUACCGUAUAAGACGACUGGAACUAUUCGAAAUAGCACCGAGGUGGCAUGUUGACGAUGCAAAUUGAACACAACAUUUGGUGUAGACUCGUUUGUUGUUGGAUUCAUUUGAGGAAGUUCAUAAUGAAGUAAACGAUGAUGUCUCUUCUGGCAUCCCUUCACUCCGCAAGGUUCGCUCUUACAAGGCCAACGAGUGUGUGGAAUCAAACAACGCCUACACAAUUUUUUCUCCUUCACAAUAUUCCAGCGAUCGUCUAGCCCUAGGCUGUUGAACUUAGGACAAUCACCGGCUAUAUGAUUAUCGACGGAGCAUAUCGAACAUGGUUUGAUAUUAUUGCUAAAUUGAUCAACGUUCUUCUUUUUAUUCUUAUCCUGUUUCUUGGAAGUUUCUCGAUCUACGGUUAAGUGCGUGUUCACGAAACCCUUUUCUUUCAGCUUAUUUCGGGGGUCUUCUUUUGAUACCUUUGAACUAGGUGUUGCAAACAUUGUUACACCACUGGUGGCAGAUGCAAUUUGCGCCAUAUAGUCACCGAACACACUAAGGUCAACUUCUGUAAAUUGUUGCUGAUAGAGCGCCCAAUUGAAUUUUACGUUUGCUGGAAGUUUAUCCACAAGUUCGUGUAGUAGGAUAGGGUUUGCUAAAUGCUUCUCCAUUCCUACUGCUUUUAAGUGCCCACAAAGAUUUUGAACCACCAUACCAAAAGUCACCAAUGAAUCUAACUUAUCUGCUUUAGGGGAGGGGGCCGCUCUAACUUUGGCGAUCAUCGUAUGAAUUAUUUGUUCCGGUCGUCCGUACAACAACUUCAAUGACGACAAUACUUGUGGCACAGUGGAUGGAUGAAGUAAUAGGCUGCUUACUGCUUCCUUGGCACUUCCUUUAAGCGAUCGCUGCAGUCGCAGUAGGUUUUCGAAGUCGGAAUAACCGCACGUUAAUGUCGAGUGGUUGUAGCUGCUUAUAAAAAGUGGCCAAUCAGCCGGGUCACCUGCAAAUAUUGGUAAUUCCUUGCACACGACGUGUCGGGAUGCUAUUUGUUGAGAAGUGGGACCUAACGACGGUAGAAUCACAGCGGGGGGACACGCUUCGGAUGGAUGAACAUUUUCAAAUUUCGGCACUGCCGAAGAAGCAACUAAUGGUGAAUUCAAAGAGGAUGAAAAUCGGGUACGACCUCCUACCGGACUUUCAACGGUGGUAGAGGAAUGUAAAUCGUGGUACUGUGAGGGGUUAUCAUUCAUCUCAUCGCUUAACUGAUUGGCUCCAGAUGGACUUACCGAAUGCCGAUCAAAAGAAAUUGUAAAUUUUGUUUUAUUAUUGUCGUAAUCUGCUAAUUGAUUCUCUGCACGAGAUUGCGUUUCUAAAUUUUUAUUCAUACACCGUGUCGUGCCAGAUCGGUUGGCUAUCUGCUGCUCCAACUUCCAUAAACGCUCUAGUUCAUUCAUCUGCUUUUCUUGGAUUUCGUGCUGCAGCUGAAGUUUGCGUUGCCAUUCACUAUUCCGCUUCGCCUGCUCGCGUUGUUGUUGCUGCAGUUGACGAUUUAGCUGCUCUUCGCGUUGAUGUUGUAAUUGUCUCUCCUUACCGUGUUGAUCUUCGAGUUGCUUCACAAGUGCCAGAUGGUUUAGUUCCCGCUUCUUACUCUCCUUUUCUUCGUGCGGAAUGACCUCCAGCUCGCCCCGCUUCAAUUUACUUCGCCAUUCAUCGAACGCUGAUGCAGAUACUUUAUGAAUUUUCGGUUUGCUGUUAUCAAUCUUUGGUAACGAUAUCUUCAUCAUGUUGAGAAUAGAAUCGACACAAACAGGUGAAACAACAGAGCCUUUGAAACUACUGGAGUUCUCUACAACGGUCGCAAUAGAGGCAAUCUCAUUUAUUGUGGCUUCAGACGUUGAUAUUGUCUGUAUAGGAGUUGAAUUUAUCACUGGUUCCUGAUUCGUUUGCUCAGAAACAAUAGAUGAUAUUUUAGCUUUUGCUAUGGGAGUAGAUGUAAAAUUUGUGCUCACUAGCUCGACCGUAUUUUCACUCAAGGGUUGGACAUGAUCAGCGCGUUCGGCCAUACCUAUAUGGAUGCCUAGACUGGCACUCUCAGUCUGUAUUUGCGACUUGACCCAGUUCUCAACCAUGUUGGGUGUUUGUUGGCUGUUACUGCUUCGGACACUCAGUUUCUCAUCGAUAUCAUCCUGCUGAUGGAGAAGUUCGUACUUUUUAGAAAGAUACAACCUUUUCCUUUCCAAUUGUUCGAGUUUCAUUCUUUCCUGUGCGAUUUCAUCUUGUAGCUGGUGUUCUUCGUCCAUUUGUUGCAAUUCAAGGGCGAUUCGUAUUGAACGGGUACUGCUCACAUGCGAUCCACCAGAAUGAACGGAUUUAGGUUUUAAGGGCGUACAAGUUCGACACAUAAAAGGCUUUUUGUGUGCGGUUGCAGUAGUAACGUUCGCACAAGAAAAAUGAUAAUAUAACUCGCAUUUCGUGCAACUAAUCAUAUACAACUCUGCAUCAUUUGGCCUUUCGCAUCCUGCGCAAUCGUUUCUAUUGCCUCGCUCGGUCUCGAUGGUAGAUAUAUCGAAUGACGAUGCUGCAUUAUCGGAGGUAGUCUGAGGUUGAAGGUUAGGUGCCUCACGUGCUGCUUUAGUCAUAGAACGAGUCUGGCGAAUAAUCGACUUGUGCAUGAUGUCGAACGUAAAAUCUUUGAGUUUUUGUUAGCGACGGUAUUCGGAGUUCUUGUAGCAAAACCCUAUUUGUAUAGAUGUUAUAGCUCAAAGCUGAAAUUAUAUUUUCUUAACAAUUUUACAGCUACUUAAGAAAUUUCUUACUCACAUUUUAGUCUCCUACUAUAAUAUCUGUCGCGUAACAAAAUGAUCUUCUUGAUCAAAGAAAGCCUAAUCUAUAUUUUUAUAAAUGAAUUUCAGACUUAAAUUAAUAAUAUUUCAAUAAUUCAAUAAAUCUCUUACUUGAUGAAACUCACUUCCAAUUCACAUACGUAUCUAACAUGGCUACUACUGUUCGUUUCGUUUCCCGAUCGACUGACGUUCAUUUGUCAUCACGUUGGCUCAAUAUUUUGGUAUUAGCUCCGAGGGGUAUCGUCGUUACAGAUUGUCCGUAACAUGACUUAUUGAGUGAUGUGUUAUUACGACAAAAAGUGUUAUCCUCUAAUCAUACACAGUAAAAAAAUGAAAUUUACUUAUGACUCAAUUCAUAAGAACGUAAUUCGUAAAAUGAUUGAAUCUUACAAAAAUGUUUCAAAUAUGAUUCAAACAUACCUUAUGUUCCAAGCAUGCAUUUAAACUUGCAUGUUUCAACUCUUGAAAAUAUGUCGAAGUGCAUUAAACAUGUGUUAGAUCAACUGUAAAAAUGAGUCAUAUUUGAUGCUCGAGUAUAUCGAUCUUGAAAGACGUAAAUUUACACGAUUUUCUCUAGGUGUGUACCGAUCUCCUCUUUAGAAAUACCAGAAACUCAUGUAGUAAUACAACGGUGAGUAAUAGCAAUUUCAUUGUAUUUGUGACAAUUGUAUCGAUAAACGUUAAUUCCUCUGUAACACUAGCUCGCAUCGCGUUCCGAUUUCGAAACUCGUCAACAAAUGCAAAAAUGCUUACCAACCAGAAAAUCCGUUACCAAAUAGAGCGAUACUGUUUAUGCCAACAUAAAGUAACAUCUUGAGCCUGUCAGAACCAAUCUACGAGACGUAGUUAAGUUUUUUUGCGAAAGGUACUCUCAUCAAUACAGUAGUUAUGACAUAUUAUCGUCACCUCUAGUGACGUGUUAUGUAUGUAUUGAACCAUCGUAUCUUAAAACAACACAGAUAACAUUACUAGUGGAGAAAAUGUGCAAUAUGUAUAGCUAAAAGUAAGCUUAAAAGUCCCCGACAAUUGAUACAAAAUUAUAAGUUGCCGUAACACAGAGAUCUGAUCCAGAGGGAUAUGAAAGAAUAUUGAACCCAACAUACUCCUUAUUUGACACAUCUCCUAGACAGACUAAUAAAUUAUACAAAGUCUAACAAAAACUUAAAAAAACUUUAGAUCAUGAAAAGCUGUCACUGUCCAUAUCUUAGAUAAAUAAAACUAGCAUUAUUUUUCAUCAUUAGUUAAACGAAAAAAAGAGAUUAAAACUGAAAAACAACUCAUAUAUAGCGACUUCCCCAGCUAUAUUAUGAAACGAACCAUAACAGAAACUUAGAUAUCUGUAAAAAUUCGAUAUUUAUAGAUGAUUUAUCCCUCGGCGAGGUAGUGUAAGAUUAUUAUUCAUAUACUUGAGUAUCAGCAUCAUCAGUUUCCUCCAUGAGACAUAGUUCCGUGUUAUCGCUAAAACACACGCAUCCAGUCACACAUACAGGCACCCACCCACACACACAAGAACGAAGAAUCAUCUCUCAAUCAGGAAUGUGCAUGCUAAGAUGGAACGACCCUUAGAAUCAGCGCAGUGCUAGUGUAAAAACGAUCGCUAAAUGUUAGGACGCAAGAAAUGAAGACAAUGAAACAAUUUGCCUAUCAAACGUUGCAUAAAUAUCAAGUUGUUGUAAAACAUUUUCUUAAUCGUUCCAAGUUUUGUUAGCAUAAUUCUCAUUUGUUAAGUUUUCUCUUUGUCAUCAAUGAAGUAACAAUUGAAGAAAAGAAAAGAAAUAUAGCACAAGAUUCAAUAAAACAAAUCUAAAAACAA